CUUUGCGUCUCUAAGUCUCCGGUUGCGUGGCGAAGCGGAGAGCGCGCGCGAGAGGGGCCGGGUGUCGAGGGAAGCGGCCAUGGCGGUCGGGAAGCGUUAGCGAAAGAGGCCGCUUGGGUUCGGGGCCCGGCCAUGGCGGGUCCCCCGCGGCUGCGGCCGCUCCUGGAGCUGCUGCUGCUGCUGCUCGUGGCCUUCUUGGCCGCUCCUUUCGUCGCCUCCGAGCUAGAGGCCGGCAAGGAACGAGAGCCGCCGCCGCCCCCCCAGCAGGAGCAGCAGAAGCCGCCGCCGCCUCAGCCGCCUGCUGUGCAGGGACCGGAGCUCGCCCGGGCCGAGAAAGGGCCUACUCCAGUUGUUCCUGUCCAUUCUGUUAGUGAAGACUCUGCUGAUAAGACUAACCUGGGAUUUAUCCAUGCAUUUGUGGCUGCCAUAUCUGUCAUCAUUGUGUCUGAACUUGGCGAUAAGACUUUCUUUAUUGCAGCCAUCAUGGCAAUGCGUUACAAUCGCUUAACAGUGCUGGCUGGUGCUAUGCUUGCCUUGGGGCUGAUGACAUGUUUAUCAGUUUUGUUUGGAUAUGCCACCACAGUGAUCCCCAGAGUGUAUACCUACUAUGUAUCAACAGCACUCUUUGCAAUUUUUGGUGUUCGAAUGCUUCGGGAAGGCCUGAAGAUGAGUGCAGAUGAGGGACAAGAAGAGCUAGAGGAGGUUCAAGCAGAACUCAAGAAGAAAGAUGAAGAACUCCAGAGAACGAAACUGUUGAAUGGCCCUGGAGAUGUGGAAAUGGGAACAGGCCCUGCUAUACCUCAGAGAAGAUGGCUGCAUUUUAUUUCUCCAAUUUUUGUGCAAGCCUUAACUUUAACAUUCUUAGCAGAAUGGGGUGACCGCUCUCAGUUGACCACAAUAGUUCUGGCAGCGAGAGAGGAUCCCUAUGGUGUAGCUGUGGGUGGAACAGUUGGGCAUAGUUUGUGUACUGGCCUGGCAGUGGUUGGAGGGCGAAUUAUAGCACAAAAAAUCUCUGUUCGGACUGUAACAAUCAUAGGAGGCAUUGUUUUCUUGGCAUUUGCAUUCUCUGCACUAUUUAUAAGUCCAGAUGCUGGCUUUUAACAAAAUAUUUUCCUGGGAAGAGUGAGAAUGAGAAGCAGCACAUCUCCUCUUGUAUUCCUGUAUAUAAUGUACAGAUACUUCAUCAAACAAGCACUGAAGAUGGGAUGCUGUAACUUUUAUAGAAACUUUUAGUUGGGAACACUUCGUGAGCACAACCUGUGCUGAAAAUCUGUUUAUUCUAUAUAUUUAGAACAUGAAUGAUGUUUGCUUACUGUAACUCAGGUAAACUGAGACCCACCUCUUGAAAUUUUGUGAGGUUUGCUACUUUGUCUACGGCUUACCACUGACUCCCCUUUUGGACAACUGGCUGCUCCCUGUGAUUAGCAGCGUCACCUUAUGAAGCGUCUGGUACAAAUAACUAGGAAGAACCUUUUGCUUCUCAUCUUACAGCCCAAACACUUCAUUGCAUAAUCAGAAAACAGGAAAUGAAGAGCUGUCCUUCUGAUUAACUCACCUGCUCAUGAAUUGAUGAAUACUUGCUUUGUAUGUGACUUCUGAAAAUAAAAUCAGGAUAUUUGGUAUGCAGUGUGCUAUUCAAUCUAACUGUCUUCAUAUACACUAUUAGAUAUUUAUCAGAUGAAAUCCCUUUUUGGUAUUUAUACUAAGCAUACUGCAUUUCCAGAUGAAAGUACUUAAGUUGUCCAUUGUUUUUCUUUUAAUAAUUAAAAUAUUUAAGAAUAUGAAGAAACUAGGUGUCACCUGUUACCAAAACGUAAGUUUAAUUCAGAGAAAAAUACUGCUCUUUUUUUUAAAGAUAUACAAAUGUUACUUUUUAUUGCCAUUAGUGUGUUCUUGUAAAAUUUUCUGUGAUUUAUUAAGGUUCCUAUUCUACAACUAUUUAAGUAAUGCAUUCAACAUUGUUCAUUCUGAUAGUUCACGCAUUUGAAAAGUCUAAUGUUUAUGUCCAGGAUGUCAGAUUCUGCUGUAAAACAAAUACCUCUGAGGCCUGUGUAACUGUGCUUGCAUAUAAAGUAUGAAAAGUACAGUAGCAGUAGAAAAGAGAGUACUUUUGCUAAAGUAAUCUUCACAAACCUUUAUACUGUAUUUAAUAGGGGAAUUAAGCACACAUUUUAUACUUGCUAGUUAAGAAACCAGAUUAAGUAGCCAAAGAGUAAACAUUACUUUUAGUUGAUCAGGCUGGAAAGAUGACUUGAAAAAUAAAUUCCUUUUUAAGUGUGA